AUGGAAGAUGUCCCGCCGCCCUCGGCGGCAAACAGCGAGUUCGCAACCAUGGGCGCCGUCAGCGGCACCCGUCAAGGACUUUCACGAAGCGAAGGGUACCCGCCACUACCACAGGCUCCCGGUUCUACAAACAAUACCGUCUUCCAAAACCAGUAUCCGCAACUCUACGGGCCCUCUCUCCAUCCCUUCUCGACCCAACUUGACAUGACUCAUGCCCAAGGACCGUCGCGCCAGGGCCCGUACAGUAUGGCCGCGAUGGGCAACGCACUUCCGCUGCCUGGAUACCGGCCUGGUUAUAACCCGGGACAACCGCCGCAGAGAUACAACCCCGGCCCGACAUCAAACAUACUUCCAUCUAUACCGCAAAUGGCACAGUUCGCAGGGCCACCGGGUAUGGCUCAACCCUACUAUAUAGCCCAGAUGUCUCCGUUCUACAAUGCCCACCUAUCGUCGCCUCCGCAGCAUCACCAGGCCGUUCACCAAACGAACCUAUCCCCGCGACAUAACCCGAACUAUUACUCGAACCAAGUCGUGCUAAACUCGCCCCAACAUGCUCUUCCCGCGGGUUACUAUUACCCCUCGUCCAAUCAAUUUCCGGUCCCACACUCAACGAUUCCGGGCCAGAUGGCUCCGGGACAGUUUCCGCCAUCGGAUGACACAAAAAGUGAUCAUAGGGGGGCGUCACCAUCCCACGGGUAUGAUCAAGCAGGCGGGGUUACGGGCUCCGCUCGAAGUGAUAAUUCGCUAGACGCUCGUUCUAAUAAUGUCGUCCGCGGUCCCCCGCGCAAGCCUCGACAAAGCGGCCACGCCAUCUGGAUAGGGAAUUUGCCGCCGCAAACCGAUCUUAUGACGCUGGUGCGUCACGUAUGUAAGGAAGCACCGGGCCUGGAGUCGCUUUUUCUCAUCUCGAAGAGCAACUGUGCCUUUGCGAAUUUCGGUGACGAACAGAGCUGCGCUGCAGCCCAACAGAAACUCCACGACUCCAAGUUUCAGUCCGUGAGACUAGUUAGUCGGCUUCGAAAGAGCACGGUGGAAGGAGCUUCCGGACAAACGGCGCCAACAGGUCCAGCAGCAGCUUCAUCAAGCGGACAGAACAUAGCAAUAGCCGAAGCAGCGAGAAGUGCUCGAGUAGAUUCAUCAGAUGCCGCGAUAACGACAUCGGAACGCCGAUCGGAGACUAGAAAUACGCUGGGGGGCAACACUAGCGGGCAAAAAGACAAAUUCUACAUACUCAAGAGCCUGACAGUGGAAGAUUUGGAGCUAAGCGUCCGGACGGGUGUGUGGGCAACUCAGUCACACAACGAAGAAAUACUGAACGACGCGUUCAAGGCGGUCGAUAACGUGUAUUUGGUAUUUUCGGCGAACAAGUCGGGAGAGUAUUUCGGCUACGCCAGGAUGACAUCGCCUAUUAACGACGACCCGGCCGCGGCAAUCGAGUUUGCGCCCAAGGCGCAGACUACGGACAGUGUAAACCUGCCUAAAGCUAUCCCGACCGACGCUACGGACGACUGCCCGAGAGGACGAAUCAUUGACGACUCGGCCCGGGGAACGAUAUUCUGGGAGGUAGAGAGAGACGACGUCGACGCAGCAGGCUCGGCAGAAGAGUCGGACGAUUCGGCCAGCGCGAGGGGCGGGCAGGAGGGCGAAGGGGGGCCUACGAAAGCAUGGGGGAAACCGUUCAAGCUUGACUGGUUGUCGACGACGAGACUACCGUUCCACCGGACGCGCGGGCUACGAAACCCGUGGAAUUCCAAUAGGGAGGUAAAGAUCGCGCGGGACGGGACAGAGCUAGAGCCGUUAGUGGGCAGGAGAUUAAUCGGGCUGUUCAACCGCGUACAGAACGCAGCGCCGGCACCGGUGGGCAGUCGGCCAGGAGUGCCGAUGGUGGCGGGAUACCCUCCGCUGCUUCCCUCGCCGUACCGUCAAUGA